AAGUUCAGUUCUUCUUAUCUAGAGUUGCGACAAGUGUACUUAUAUACAUACAUAAGUGUUGAAUUAUCGGAAAGCAGUUCUAUUUGAUAAUUGUUGCGCUGCACUUUAUUGCAAUACCGGGGAAAGUUCAGUAACUAAUAAUGGCCACGAGUUGUGCUCAAACACUUGCUCUACAGAGUAAUUCCAGUGGGCUGAACCGCUUCAAGGAGAAAUUAGUGGCGAAACUGCUUAGCUUCUACGACGAGCAGUCUCUAAUCGAUGUGACAUUUGAAGUUUCAAACCCAACGGCUGUUGUACCCGCGCAUCGUUUGAUACUCGCUGCAGCGAGUCCCUACUUCGAGAACCUUUUCAAUGGCGAGCAAGGCAAUAAUCCCGACAUCGAGAUGAAUGAUAUCGAUAGCGAUAUUUUUGAGCGUCUAAUAACCUUUUGUUACACCGGAGAGGCCCUCAUUACCGUUAACAAUGUCGGUGCCAUGCUAAAGGGGGCACUCAUUUUGCAAUUGGAUGAUGUCAUAAAUAGUUGUGUGGACUGCCUUAUGACAAAUAUCAAAGAACACACAUUACAGGCUGCUUACACGCUUGAGCGAGAAACCCAAUGUGAACGCCUUAAGCAAAAACUCAUUGAAUACGAAAAAAACUUCAUGGAGAUCAGUCGACGCGAUGAGUUUCUGAGUUUUGAUGCAGAAAAAUUGCAACAUAUUCUGGAAUCUGACAAUUUGAAUAUAACUCGUGAGGAAGAUGCCUACGAUGCCAUAAAACGCUGGUUCAAUUACGAUGUUUCUGCACGUCAAGAGGCACUGCCACUUUUAAUAGCUUGUCUCCGGCUUACCCAAUUCGAUGCGGACUUUCUGUGGACACACAUACAGCCGUUACCUGGUUGUGAGCUGCUGGCCUUCAAGGCGAUAUCAUGGAUCAGAGAUCCUGAAAAACGAGCAAAGAUAAAUAUGCGAUUCACAGAACCACGUGCUACGUGUGAGAAAACAUUCCUGGCGUUUUGCCACUCCGAGAUGAAUAAAAAUCUGGUCCAAUAUAACAAAGCUGAGGAUAAGUGGCAAGAAUAUGCGAGUUUAGAAAUCGAUUACACGUAUUAUUGUAUGAUUUUAAAGGAUGAUAAUUUAAUAUUUAUUGGCGGUUGUAAAAGUGGUAUCACAUCCAACAUCGUCCGCAGCUUGAAUAUACGAAAUAAAACAUGGGAAAAUUUUCCCGCCAUGAAGCAAGCAAGAUGCGGUCUUUGUGUUGUCGCAUUAGAUGAUAAAAUCUACGCGAUUGGUGGUUUAGAGGAUAAAAAGGUUUUGUCGUCGGUGGAAAGAUAUACGCCAUCCGAUGGUUGGGAGUCCGUGAGCAGUUUGAUUGAUGAAAGACAUAGAGCCGGAGCAGUGGCUUUAAAUAACAAAAUUUAUAUAGUGGGCGGUAAAAAUACUAAUAGAGACUUAAAACUCGUCGAAUGCUACAAUCCGGAUUCGAAUACUUGGACUUCUUGCGCGAAUAUGAAUGAAUGUCGUGAUUUUCCUUUUGUAAAAGUACAUAAGGGUCAUAUUUAUGUUUUAGACACGUAUUCUGCUAAGAGUAGACAAAAUGUUGAACGUUAUGAUCCUCAGCGAAACACCUGGUCUAAGAUUUGUUGUUUGAAUGCUGACUGGGCUCGUAUUGCAGGCAUGUUGUUGGACAAUAAGCUAUGGUUUAUUGGCCGCCCUAAAUCUGACGACUUGUCAAGUGUGUCAGUAUAUGACGAGGCUAAUGACCGUUGGGUAAAAAAGUGUUCAUUCUCCAAUGUAAACGGAUAUUUCCGUUGUAUUGUGCCUGUAGCCUUACUAUUGUCGAAAUGAAUAAAUAAUAUUAUUAUAUAUA